GGGGGCCCGCGGGCCGCCUCCUCCUCAAUGUGAGGGGAGCGCCCGGACACAACGCGCAUCCGGACCGAGCCGAUCCCGGGCGAGGCCCCCCGGACUCUUCGCCAGGAUCCACGCCCCUCCCCUCCCAGACCCCAGACCCGUGGGUUCCUACCCCCUCCCGUUCCCUCCUUCCUCCCCCACCGCCUCCAAUAUCUCCAUCCCUAGCAUCCUCCCCGUGCUCCUGCGAAUCCCCCGCACAGACAGCCCCACUAGUCUCCUACCCUCAAGACCCCCCUUUCCCACUGCAUCCGCGGCCUCUGCCCACUGAGUCCGCAUUCCCGCCCCUGCCUCCCCCGCUCCCGUGCUUCUCCCCCAGUCCUCUGUCCCCCUUUCCUGCCCCCUUUCCCUUCUUCUCCAUUUGCCCCCACGACUGUCCUCCCCACCCUCCUCCGCCCAUCUCAGCGCCCCCACCCAGGCCGGGGUGCACGGUCCGGCGCGCCUCCCUGGAGCAGCACCAAGGUCCCGGGGCUCCAAGGGGGUGGGGGCGCAGGGCGGGGAGCAUGGGGAGGGGGCGCCCCAUGUGAUGGGAGGGGGGCGCAAGAGGAGGCGGCGGAGGCGGCGGCGACAGCGGAGCCGGGCUGGGGGCUCAGCGGGGUCCGGGGGCUGGGGGCAGCGAGCAGGGCGGCCCCAUGGCCGGGCCCCCCUGAGGCAGUCCCGGGGAGUCCCCUCCCCUCCCCAGCUCGGGGGUCUCCGGGCCCCAUGAGCCGGGGCGCGGGCGCGCUUCAGCGCCGGACAACGACCUACCUCAUCUCGCUGACCCUGGUCAAGCUCGAGUCGGUACCUCCGCCGCCGCCUUCCCCGUCUGCAGCCGCGGCCGGCGCCCCCGGGGCCAGAGGCUCCGAGCCCCGAGAUCCUGGCAGCCCCCGAGGCGCGGAGGAACCCGGCAAGAAGCGGCACGAGCGUCUCUUCCACCGGCAGGAUGCGCUGUGGAUCAGCACCAGCAGCGCGGGCGCCGGGGGCGCGGAGCCCCCGGCGCUGUCCCCGGCUCCGGCCAGUCCGGCUCGCCCGGUCUCCCCGGCUCCGGGCCGCCGACUGUCCCUCUGGGCCGCCCCUCCGGGACCCCCGCUCUCCGGGGGACUGAGCCCGGACUCCAAACCGGGGGGCGCCCCUUCUUCCUCCCGACGCCCUCUGCUCAGCAGCCCGAGCUGGGGGGGUCCGGAACCCGAAGGCCGGACGGGGGGCGGCGUCCCGGGCUCGUCCUCCCCGCAUCCUGGCACCGGUAGCCGAAGGCUCAAGGUGGCGCCUCCUCCACCGGCUCCCAAGCCUUUCAAGACCGUGACCACUAGCGGAGCCAAAGCCGGCGGGGGCAAGGGCGCGGGCAGCCGCCUGUCAUGGCCCGAAAGCGAGGGCAAGCCCAGGGUCAAGGGGUCAAAGAGCAGCGCCGGGACCGGAGCUUCUGCCACUGCGGCCGGCGGGGGAGGGGGCGCUGCAGUCACGACCUCUGGUGGGGUCGGGGCUGGGGCCGGAGCGAGAGGGAAGCUGUCCCCUCGGAAAGGCAAGAGUAAGACCUUGGACAAUAGUGACUUGCACCCAGGACCCACUGCCGGCUCUCCUCCUCCGCUCACCGUGCCAGCAACCCCAGUGCCAGCCACUUCGGUCACCACCGCCUCCACGCAGCCCCUCGGGCCUGCGCCCCCUAUCACUCUGGAGCCACCAGCUCCGGGGCUGAAAAGGGGCCGGGAGGGCGGCCGAGCGUCCACUCGUGACCGCAAGAUGCUCAAGUUCAUCAGCGGUAUCUUCACCAAGAGCACAGGGGGGCCUCCUGGCCCCGGUCCCCUUCCCGGACCCCCAGGCUUGUCUUCCAGCAGCGGGUCCAGGGAGCUGCUGGGCGCAGAGCUACGCGCCUCCCCUAAGGCUGUGGUCAAUAGCCAGGAAUGGACUUUGAGCCGCUCGAUUCCCGAACUGCGCCUGGGUGUGCUGGGUGAUGUCAGGAGUGGGAAGUCAUCCCUCAUUCACAGAUUCCUCACAGGUUCAUACCAGGUGCUGGAGAAGACUGAGAGUGAGCAGUACAAGAAAGAGAUGUUGGUGGACGGGCAGACUCACCUGGUGCUGAUCCGAGAGGAAGCAGGAGCACCCGAUGCCAAGUUCUCAGGCUGGGCGGAUGCUGUGAUCCUCGUCUUCAGCCUGGAGGAUGAAAGCAGCUUCCAGGCUGUGAGCCGUCUCCACGGGCAGCUGAGCUCCCUCCGGGGGGAAGGACGAGGAGGUCUGGCCCUGGCUCUCGUUGGGACCCAAGACAGGAUCAGUGCUUCGUCUCCUCGAGUGGUGGGUGAUGCUCGAGCCAGGGCACUGUGCGCGGAGAUGAAACGCUGUAGCUACUAUGAAACGUGUGCCACUUACGGGCUCAACGUGGACCGCGUCUUCCAGGAGGUGGCCCAGAAGGUGGUGACUUUGCGUAAGCAGCAGCAGCUCCUGGCAGCCUGCAAGUCCCUGCCCAGCUCACCAAGCCAUUCAGCCGCGUCCACUCCCGUCGCUGGGCAGGCUAGUAACGGCGGCCACACUAGCGACUACUCUUCCUCCCUUCCAUCCUCACCCAAUGUUGGACACCGGGAGCUCCGAGCUGAGGCGGCCGCUGUGGCUGGGUUAAGCACCCCAGGGUCCCUACACCGAGCAGCCAAGCGAAGGACCAGCCUUUUUGCGAACCGUCGUGGCAGUGAUUCUGAGAAGCGGAGCUUAGACAGUCGGGCGGAGACCACGGGGAGUGGGCGAGCCAUCCCCAUUAAACAGAGCUUCUUGCUGAAGAGAAGUGGCAACUCCUUGAACAAAGAGUGGAAGAAAAAAUACGUGACUCUCUCUAGCAAUGGCUUUCUACUCUACCACCCCAGCAUUAAUGAUUACAUCCACAGUACACACGGCAAAGAGAUGGACUUGUUACGAACGACUGUCAAAGUCCCAGGCAAGCGGCCCCCAAGGGCUAUCUCUGCUUUUGGCCCCUCAGCCAGCAUCAAUGGGUUGGUCAAGGACAUGAGCACCGUCCAGAUGGGUGAAGGCCCUGAAGCCACUACUCCUAUGCCAAGCCCCAGCCCCAGCCCCAGCUCCCUGCAGCUUCCACCAGACCAGACAUCCAAGCACCUGCUGAAGCCAGACCGAAAUCUGGCCCGGGCCCUCAGCACCGACUGUACCCCAUCUGGAGACCUGAGUCCCCUGAGUCGGGAGCCCCCACCUUCCCCCAUGGUGAAGAAGCAGAGGAGGAAAAAAUUGACCACACCAUCCAAGACGGAAGGCUCUACUGUACAGGCUGAAGCCAAGCGCAAAAUGUGGAAACUAAAAUCCUUUGGUAGUUUAAGAAAUAUUUAUAAAGCAGAGGAGAACUUCGAGUUCCUGAUCGUGUCCAGCACUGGUCAGACGUGGCACUUCGAGGCAGCCAGCUUCGAGGAGCGGGAUGCCUGGGUCCAGGCCAUCGAGAGUCAGAUCCUGGCCAGUCUGCAGUGCUGUGAGAGCAGCAAGGUCAAGCUGCGCACGGACAGCCAAAGCGAAGCCGUGGCCAUCCAGGCAAUCCGAAACGCAAAGGGAAACUCCACCUGCGUGGACUGUGGGGCUCCCAACCCCACGUGGGCCAGCUUGAAUCUGGGGGCGCUCAUCUGCAUCGAGUGUUCUGGCAUCCACCGGAACCUGGGCACACACCUGUCCCGCGUGCGGUCGCUAGACUUGGACGACUGGCCGCGGGAGCUGACCCUGGUGCUGACGGCUAUUGGCAACGACACGGCCAACCGCGUGUGGGAGAGCGACACUCGGGGCCGUGCCAAGCCCACGCGGGACUCUUCGCGGGAAGAGCGUGAGUCGUGGAUUCGCGCCAAGUACGAGCAGCUGCUGUUCCUGGCGCCUCUGGGUUCCACGGAGGAGCCAUUGGGCCACCAGCUGUGGGCCGCUGUGCAGGCCCAGGACGUGGCCACCGUUCUGCUGCUUCUGGCCCACGCGCGACACGGGCCACUCGACACCAGCGUGGAGGACCCGCAGCUCCGCUCGCCGCUGCACUUGGCGGCCGAGCUCGGCCACGUUGUCAUCACGCAGCUGCUGUUGUGGUACGGCGCGGACGUAGCGGCCCGUGACGCGCAGGGCCACACGGCCCUGUUCUACGCUCGCCAGGCAGGCAGCCAGUUGUGUGCAGACAUCCUCCUCCAGCACGGCUGCCCGGGAGAGGGCGGCAGCACAGCCACCACACCGAGCGCGGCCACCACCCCCAGCAUUACCGCCACGCCCAGCCCGAGGCGCCGGAGCAGCGCUGCCAGCUUGGGCCGCGUGGACACCACGAUCGCGCUGGUAUAGUUGCCCAGCAGCGGG